AUGGGUAACGUGCCCAGUACAGUAAAGCACUGUCUAAGCUCCGAACAACUGCUACAGGAUUACCCAUGGCUGAGGAGCUGGCUACUGGAAAAGAAGAACACAACCACACAAGGAUUUCCUGAACAUGUGAAAAUUGUGGAGGUUGGUCCAAGAGAUGGACUUCAAAAUGAAACAGAAAUUGUUCCAACUGAGGUUAAAAUCCAGCUGAUAGACAUGCUCUCCGGAACAGGGCUGUCAGUGAUUGAGGCCACAAGCUUUGUCUCUUCAAAGUGGGUACCACAGAUGGCCGACCACACUGAGGUACUAAGGGGAAUCCAGAGAGCUCGUCAUGUCCGCUACCCAGUUUUAACACCAAACCUACAAGGAUUUCAAGAUGCUGUUGAUGCUGGUGCCACUGAAGUAGCUGUAUUUGGCUCGGCAUCAGAAAGCUUUACAAAAAAUAUAAACUGCUCUAUUGAUGAAAGCAUGGUGAGAUUUGAGGAAGUAAUUAACAGUGCUCUGGAGAAGCAUAUCCCAGUCAGAGGAUAUGUGUCUUGUGUUCUCGGAUGCCCCCAUGAGGGAUACAUUGAUCCUGCUAAAGCUGCUGAGGUAGCAAGGCGCCUGUAUGAUCUGGGCUGCUAUGAGAUCUCCCUGGGCGACACCAUCGGCGUGGGGACUCCAGGCUGCAUGUCUAAGAUGCUCCAGAGCGUGAUCAAAGAAGUGCCUCCACAGGCUUUAGCAGUCCACUGCCAUGACACUUACGGGCAAGCACUGGCCAACAUCCUCACUGCACUACAGAUGGGGGUGAGUGUGGUGGACUCGGCAGUGGCUGGUCUGGGAGGGUGCCCGUAUGCUCAGGGUUCAUCUGGAAAUGUCUCAACAGAGGAUGUUCUCUACAUGCUCCACGGCAUGGGCAUUGAAACAGGAGUGAGUCUUCCUAAGGUGGUCGAGGUUGGUGAAUUCAUCUGCACCGCUUUGCAUCGCCAAACAAACUCAAAGGUUGCCCGAGCCCAGUCUAGGAAGUUGUGA